AUGGCCGGCACACUCGUUACCAGUGACGAGACAUCCUUCGACGUCUUGAUCAUUGGCGCCGGUAUAUCCGGAAUCAACGCCGCAUAUCGCUUACGACAGUCAUUUCCCCAGUAUCGAUAUGCGAUCUUGGAAGCACGCGACCGUAUUGGCGGCACCUGGGAUCUAUUCCGCUACCCAGGGAUCCGAUCCGACUCGGACCUCUACACCUUUGGCUUUUCAUGGUAUCCCUGGAAUCGAUCAAACCCCAUUGGCGAGGGAAAGGACAUCCUGGCAUAUCUCCAAGAUGCCAUGACAACACACAGUAUCAGUCCUCACGUUCUGUUUCAACAUCGAGUUCUCUCCGUCGAAUGGGAUCAACGCAGCUGGACGGUCAACAUUCAACACGAUGGCUCCCAGUUCCAAUACACUGCGAAAUUCCUCAUCUUUGGAACGGGUUACUACGACUAUAACGAGCCGCUGGCCGCAGAGAUUCCCGGAAUUGAGAAUUUCAAAGGAAACGUGAUUCAUCCUCAGUUCUGGCCCGAAGACUUUGACUACACGGACAAAAACAUUGUCGUCAUCGGCAGCGGCGCUACUGCCGUGACACUCGUCCCCAAACUCGCAGAGAAGGCUGAUAGCGUGACGAUGCUCCAGCGAAGUCCUUCCUACCUUGCAGUAGUCAUGAAUCGAUACAACGGAGGUUGGUUGAGCCGGAUACUACCAACCAUGAUCUACUACUACAUCAAUCGACUGAAAAAUCUCGUUUUUGAUCGGGUGCUCUUCGCUUUCUGUAAAACAUAUCCCAACGCAGCGAGGAAUAUGUUCCAAAAAGGGCUUCUGAAGCACCUUCCGCCUGGAUACCCAUUGAGUCCAAAUUUCAAGCCUCGCUACAACCCGUGGGAACAGCGACUUUGCGUAUCCCCGAAUGGCGACUUCUUCGCAGCUUUACGAUCUGGAAAGGCCCACGUUGAGACUGGGUAUAUUGAAACCGUGGACUCGGAUGGUAUCCAAUUGAAAUCAGGCAAGAAAUUGUCCGCCGACACCAUCGUCACUGCAACCGGACUCAAGAUACAAUUCGUGGGAGGCAUCCCCAUCAUCGUGAAUGGAGAAAAGAUAGAUCCUUCCGAGAAACAUAUGUGGAACGGCUUCAUGCUACAGGACAUGCCUAAUGCGGCUAUCAUGCUUGGAUACACCAACGCAUCUUGGACGCUAGGCGCUGAUGCGAGCAUGUCCUCCAUCUGCCGACUGCUUAAACUCAUGGAACGCAAGGGCUAUACAGUGGCUUGUCCCACUCUCAAAGACUCGUCAAAUUUGGAACCACGUCCAUUGCUGGAUCUCACCUCGAAUUAUAUCAAGCAUGCUCAAAGUGUGCCUAGAGCUGCGUCUUUGCGACCGUGGAUGGGCCGGACGAAUUACUUUUCUGAUUUGUGGUUUGCGACAUUUGGGAAUAUUACGAAUGGGUUGACUCUUAGUGCUUAG